AUGCAAUCCAUCAGCAGUAACUACUACACGGGCAAUAAUACCUCCAGUAAUAACUACACACCUGGCAGUCGGUCUUUUUCUUAUGUCUGCAACAAUCCGCUUAAGGUUUUUUAUUUGGAUCAGAGGAAUCAGGAUAUGACUAUUGCAUUGGGGAUUUAUUUUUUGGAGUCCAGUCUGCAGCACCGGGAUACAAUUUUGCUGUAUUUAUUGAGAUUGUUGUGCCAAUUUCCAAAGGUUGUAUGGCGAGACGAGGUGAGGUGUUUGCUUUUGCUCGCCGAGCGGGGAGUACCGGUCGCGGAACGUUUCAGCUUUUGCCUCAACACACUGUUGAGCGACAUGGCGGCCAGGUGCGAGCCAACGCGAGAAGAAAUCAUCUCGACGCAGGUCGAGAUACUCACUGUCCUGACCAAUUUGAUACGCAGAUACAAGAAACAGAAUAGCAGUAGAGGCUUGCAAGCAAAAA